CGAAAAAAUAUGCUGACCAUAUUCGUAAUCAUGGGAUAACCCAAUUUUUAUCAAUUUACAAUAAAUCAAAAAAUAGAGAGAAGGAUUGUUUAUUAUGGGGUGACGAGAUUGAAUAUAUGAUAAUUGCGUAUGAUGACGGAGACAAGAACGCAAAGCUAUCAUUAAAAGCUUCAGACAUUUUACAUGAGUUACAAAAAGAAGCAGAGGAAGCAUUGAGGAAAGAUGAAGCAAUCGAAGCAUUAUGGCAACCCGAGUAUGCAGCAUUUAUGAUCGAAGGAGUACCUGGUAUUCCUUAUGGGAGCUCUUUAAAAAGCCUGCUUCGUGUUGAGCAAAAUAUGAAACUCAGAAGGGAAAUUGCAUCCAAAUAUUUAAGCCCAAAUGAAAGUAUAAUUACUUUGUCCAACUAUCCACGCCUUGGCUGCCCGGGUCGAUUUUUAGAGCCUCAUCAUGAACCAUUUGGGCCUAAAUUAAAAAGCUCGUUUGUGCCAGAUGAGAUAAUAAACCCCCACGCAAGAUACCAAGCAGUUAGUGAUAGUAUUAGAAAUCGUCGAGGAUCAAACGUCACUAUCAAUAUACCGAUUUUUCAUGAUAAAAAAAGUUCAAAUUUAUUUUAUGACUGUGAAGAAGCGUUACCAGAACACAUAUAUAUGGAUGCUACUGUUUUUGGAGGAGGUUGCUGUUGCCUGCAAACAACCAUUCAGGCUUGUAAUAUUAGAGAAGCUAGGAAACUAUAUGAUCAAUUAGCAAUUUUGAGUCCUAUAAUG